AUGUUUGGACCCUUUGGAAGUUCUGCUGAUGUUCUGUUCGGGUUCUGCUGGGAACCUUCCCGGAGCUCCGCCUCCUCCGGUCUCCAUGUGCGUCCCGGAGCUCCGGGGACUUCGAGGCGCCCCUGGUCCCGGUCCCGGUCCCGGUCCCGGUCCCAGUGGGUUCGGUCUCCGGACCUCCGGCUCCUUUAAGACCGGGCUCCCGCGGGCCGAGCCUCCGCCUCCCCGGCGCCCUCCAGCGGCAGCAGUAGCCGCCGCGGAGCGUCACAGCUCCGGCGUCCGUCCCCUCCGCCGCACAGAAGUUGCCUCCUCCCGGUGAACGCGGUGAGUCAGUCGGACUCUGAGCUCCUCUCCGCCGCCGCCGCCGCCUGGUCCUCCGGAGCCAUGAGGCGGAAGGAGAAGCGGCUGCUGCAGCUGGCCGGGCUGCUGCUCGCGGCUCUGCUCUUCCUGCCCAACGUCGGUCUGUGGUCUCUGUACCGGGACCGAGUGUUCGACAACUCGCCCGACGCCGCGGACGCUCCGGGCGGCAUCCCCCCGCUGCAGGUGUUGAACCGGAUCGGAAAAGACGCCCAGGUGGGACGCGACGGCGUUCGGAGGAAAGACUGGCAUGAUUACGAGGCGAUCAAAAGAGAUGCUUCUCGAGCUGGAAACGGCGAACAGGGGAAGCCGUUCCCGCUGACGGACGCCGACCGGGUCGACCAGGCCUACAGAGAAAAUGGAUUCAACAUCUACGUCAGCGACCGGAUCUCCCUGAACCGCUCCGUCCCGGACAUCCGCCACCCCAACUGUAAGCAGAAGCUGUACUCGGAGAAGCUCCCCAACACCAGCAUCAUCAUCCCGUUCCACAACGAAGGCUGGUCGUCGCUGCUCCGGACGGUCCACAGCAUCCUGAACCGCUCGCCGCCGCAGCUCAUAGCCGAGGUCAUCCUGGUCGACGACUUCAGCGACAAAGAACACCUGAAGGUGGCGCUGGAGGAGUACAUGGUCCGGCUGCCGAAGGUUCGCAUCCUGAGGACCAAGAAGAGGGAAGGUCUGAUCAGGACUCGUCUGCUGGGAGCUGCUGCCGCUAAAGGAGAAGUUAUCACCUUCCUGGACUCGCACUGCGAAGCCAACGUCAACUGGCUGCCGCCUCUGAUGGACCGGAUCGCCCAGAACAGGAAGACCAUCGUGUGUCCGAUGAUCGACGUCAUCGACCACGACAACUUCGGCUACGAGACGCAGGCGGGCGACGCCAUGCGAGGGGCGUUCGACUGGGAGAUGUACUACAAACGGAUCCCCAUCCCCACCGAGCUGCAGAAGGGCGACCCCAGCGAACCCUUCGAGUCACCGGUGAUGGCUGGCGGGCUCUUCGCCGUGGACAGGAAGUGGUUCUGGGAGCUGGGAGGAUACGACACGGGUCUGGAGAUCUGGGGAGGAGAACAGUAUGAGAUCUCCUUCAAGGUGUGGAUGUGCGGCGGUCGGAUGGAGGACAUCCCCUGCUCCCGAGUCGGACACAUCUACAGGAAGUACGUCCCCUACAAGGUCCCUGGUGGAGUCAGCCUGGCCAGGAACCUGAAGCGCGUGGCGGAGGUUUGGAUGGACGAGUACGCCGAGUACAUCUACCAGCGCCGACCCGAGUACCGCCACCUGUCGGCCGGAGACAUGACGGUGCAGAAGGAGCUGAGGAACCAGCUCAACUGCAAGAGCUUCAAGUGGUUCAUGAGCGAGGUGGCCUGGGAUCUGCCCAAACACUACCCGCCGGUGGAGCCUCCGGCCGCCGCCUGGGGAGAGAUCCGUAACGCAGGCAGCGGCAUGUGCAUGGAGAGCAAACACUUUUUAUCCGGGAGCCCGAUCCGCCUGGAGAGCUGCGUGAAGGGACGAGGAGACGUGAGCUGGAGCCACGGACAGGUGUUCACGUUCGGCUGGAGGGAGGACAUCCGGGUGGGCGACCCCAUGCACACCAAGAAGGUCUGCUUCGACGCCGUCUCCCACAGCAGCCCGGUGACGCUGUACGACUGCCACGGCAUGAGAGGAAACCAGCUGUGGCGCUACAGGAAGGACAAGAGUCUGUACCACCCGGUCAGCAACAGCUGCAUCGACAGCAACGCCAGUGAGCGGCGGAUCUUCAUGAACACGUGCGACCCUUCGUCUCUGAGCCAGCAGUGGCUGUUCGAGCGAACCAACGCCACCGUGCUAGAGCGCUUCAACCGGAGAACCAACUGAGGGAGCAGCUGAGGCCUCUGCAGCA